AAGACGACGAUGAUGAUCUCGGAGAAUGGGCUGGAGGAAGAGCAGUCAUACCCAGACGACACUCCCGCGCCAGUGGUGCUGAGGCGCAGGGUGGAGGACGACUUUAUUGUGGAUUGGGCACACCCGCUCGGUGCCGGGCGUAACGUCGUCACUUGCCGCCACCGGCGAACACACGAGCUCGGGGUCCUCAAGUAUAUGCCCAAAUCGGACGUGAGCUUGCACGAAAUCUUCAUGCUCCACUACUGCACCGUGCACUGUCCUGACCACGUGACGCGGCUCAUUGCUGCCUAUGAGAACGACGUAUACUUUGCUGACAACCCGCACAAGCCAGUUCGUUUUCACCUCAUCAUUCUCGAGUACAUGAACGGUGGCACACUAUUUGACCACGCUCGACAGCUCGGCUUUCAGUACACAGAACGCGUUGUCAGCAACCUGUUUCGUCAGGUUGUUGAGUGCGUGGAUAAAAUACACUCCUUGAACAUCGCCCACCGUGACAUCAAACCCGAGAACGUGCUGUUGUGCCAUGAUGGCGACGCAACACGCGUCAAGCUCACCGACAUGGCCUUUGCACACUUCGACCGCGGGCACAGCAUGGCCAGCGAGUGUGGCACGCCCGAGUAUCAGGCGCCGGAAACACAGAUUGAUCACCCGCGCGUGAGUCGACGUGGCGGCUUCUACACAAAGGCGUGCGACAUCUGGUCUCUCGGCGUGACGCUGUAUGUGCUGCUCUCCGGCACGUUCCCAUUCCAGGGGCAGGACGUGCACUCCAAACUGAUACAGGAUUAUUCGUUCCCACCGGAGGCGUGGGAUGAUGUGAGCCAGCGUGCACAGGCGUUCACGUCAACGCUGCUCUGUGCACCGCCGCGACUGCGCCCGACAACUGCACGGCUGCUCGACCACCCCUGGCUUUGCGAUCCUGACACCCUCAACAACGCCACGCUCAGUGCUGUUGAGCGCCUCGGCGCACCGCUGAGACGGCCGAGCAUUUGGAGAGAGGAGCAAGGGCAAGGCGAGGGCGGUGCGUUGGUUGGAGACGCGCGUGUUGCCAGGGGUGAUGACGAUGGUGGCGAUGAUGGUGAUGCUCAUCAUGUGAAUGAGUGUAGUGAAGGUGGUGAUAGUGGCGAUGGUGGCAUUACGCAGCGGAGACAGCAGCGACGUCGAACGCUUCAUACCCCAAAGGCGCCAUUCGUCACCAUGGCAGCAAGCACUCAACCGCCCUCCCGCCAAUCGUCACAAGACCGCCUCAGUCUGCCAGCAAAAUCACGGGCUGCCCAAGUUGCGCGUGAAGCGAGUGUUGGCACCAUGCACACAAACUCCCACGUCAUCGACACGACACUGGUUGAUACGUGUGAUUUCUGGGAGUCGCCCGUCACGACCGCGUCUAUUGACGAAUGAAGCUUUGGUGACUUGUAUUCCUUUGUCAUCUCGUGGGGGUGUCUGCUCGACGUUAACCGUUCUGUAACCGACGCCACGCGCACGCAUAAACGUACACACAUCGG